AUGGCAGCGACUUUCAGCUCAAAGAGCAUCAGAGCUCCGAUUCAGGAGCAAAUCUCAGAGUUACAGAGAAAAAUACAGCUGCUGGAGGGAGACAGAAGCGCGCAGUAUGAGAGCUCCCAGAGUUUAAUGAAGAAGAACAGAGAGAAAAUCCUUCAGCUCAGACAGGAGAAUAAACUCCUACACCGGAAACUGGCCGAGGAGCUUGCUGGAGAUGAGCACAUCAUCAGGGAAGCCUUUCAGUCCCACAGCAGAGAGAAGGCUGCCUACAGGAACAUGUCUGGGAAGGCGGUGGUGCAGAUCCUGGAACAGAAAGUGUAUGAUAAAGUGAAGAAGCUAAAUGCACUGAAGCACGUGAUGAACACACAGCGCCACCGUCUGGAAGAACUGAACACUGAGUACAGCAAUAUGAGCGCAACCAGACCCAACCUGCUGCCUGACGGGGCCGCCAUGAAUGAAGAGGACUUUACUGAUGUUCAGGCUCAAAAGAACUUGCGUAUUUUGGAGAACCGAUUAGAAAAAGCUCAGCUGAAAUGUCAGGAGGCCGAACACAUCAUGAAGAGCUACAAAAAACUAAAGGAGCAUCUGCAGGAGGAGAGUCUGACGUUCCAGUCUCAGUUAGAUGAGUUGGAGUGUGAAAUUAUUCAACAGAAACAGGAGCUCAGAGAUCUGCAGGAAAUGAACAACAAAGCACACCAGGCCAAAGAUGCAGCCAAGGCGGAGCUACAGCGUCAGGAGUUGAUGAUGUACAGUGAGAGGAGAGAGAGAGAACUCACCCUGAACCAUUACAAAAAGCAAGCAGAGGGACAAAAAGCACAAACUGACCGGGGGGACCGCCGAGCCCAGAGGGCGGUGCUGCACACAGAUGAGUUGAGCAGCGAAGUCCAGCGCAGUGGAACAGCAGAGGGAGAGAACGACAAAACUAUCUUCAGCUUCAAAGAGGCCUUUUCACGCAUCACAGAGGCUACAGGAGUCACUGACACACGGGAGGUGGUGGAAAGGUUCAUAUCUCAGCGUGACACUCACACACACCUGGAGCAGAUGAAGGUGCAGAACGAAUGUGAGCUUCAGCAGCUAAAGGAGGACAGAGAUGAGUUACACACUCAAUACCAGGACAUGAAGUACUCAGGAGAGACCAAACUGACCCAUGGGAGGAGGGUGUGGGAGGAGUGUGAGUCUCAGUUACAGAGGGAACAGCAGAGACGAGACGCAGCUAAAGACACUCUGGACAGAAUGACACUCACACUGAGCACUGUGAGCAACGCUGUGGAACAUCUGUAUGACAAACUGCAGCACAUCACACUGCAGGAUGCCCCUGUGCAGCGAGAGUGUGUGUCUCCUCAGCCUGUGUUGGAUCUGCUGUGGGAGGCGGAGCUAAAACUGAUGCAGCUGCAGGAAGAACUGCAGGGAUGUGAUACACACACACUCAUCAAAGAGAUGGAGGAGCAGGAGUUCCAUGCCAGCAUUGAAGGGAAGCUUCCUGACUACAACACUCGCAUCACGCUACCAGAUCAUCAGAGAGACGACGUGUACGAAGAAGAGGACGAUAGCGGGGAUGAUGAUGGUGAUGUCAUCACUCGGAAGUCCCUCAAACACCAGUCGCAGCUCAUCAUUGACUCGAAAACAAAGAGGAAGACUCGGAAGAGGAAGAACGAACUGUGACCUUUCACCUCAUUUUCUCUUUAAUUCUGCACAAUUAGAAACAAAGCAUGAUUCCAUUAUUAUUGGAUUAUUAAAUAAAGACACAUAGCUCUUUCACUUCUCGUUGCCUGUAGAGACGACGAUGCCGGGGACAGUGAUGGUGGUGAUGAUGAUGAUGAUGAUGAUGUCAGUGUGAUGAUGUUUGUGUGUAUGUUGAUAAUUAGC